UGAAUGCACUCAGAGUUCCUGCUCUGAGCCUCGAGCUCCGCUUCCCUGCUGAGAGAGAGAGAGAGAGAGAGAGAGAGAGGGAGAGAGAGGGAGAGAGAGAGAGAGAGAGCUUCUCAUCACGCUCCUCACAUUUGCACGAUGGCAUCAGAUCCGGGGCUGCUGCCUCUCUUUCUGUGGAUUAUAUCCUCGCAGGUGCUGGGAUCCGAAAGCUCGGCUAAUAAUGAAGUAAAUCUCCUCGACACCUCCACGAUAUCCGGAGACUGGGGCUGGAUGACGUAUCCAUCACACGGGUGGGACGCAAUUAACGAAAUGGACGAAUACUUCAGCCCCAUUCAUACGUACCAGGUGUGCAAUGUCAUGAGCCCCAACCAGAACAACUGGCUCCGAACCAAAUGGAUCCAACGCAGCGGCGCUCACCGAGUGUACGUGGAGAUCAAGUUCACACUCCGUGACUGCAACAGCAUGCCGGGCGUUCUAGGCACGUGCAAGGAGACCUUCAACCUCCACUAUUGUGAGACGGAGCGUGACGUAGGAACCAGCCUCCGAGAGAACCAGUUCUCCAAGAUCGACACCAUCGCAGCCGACGAGAGCUUCACCACCGUGGACCUGGGAGUCAGGAGGCUUAAGCUGAACACGGAGAUGCGCGGAGUUGGGCCUCUUAGCAAACGCGGCUUCUACCUUGCCUUUCAGGACAUCGGGGCCUGCAUCGCCAUCGUCUCGGUUCGGGUUUACUACAAGAAAUGCUCGGGCCUGGCGAGGAACCUGGCUGUGUUCACGGACGUGGUGACGGGGGCAGAUUCCUCGUCCCUGGUGGAGGUCAGGGGUCAGUGCGUGGAUCACGCCGAGGAAAAGGACACACCCAAGAUGUACUGCAGCGCUGAGGGGGAGUGGCUCGUUCCUAUUGGACGGUGUGUGUGCAGCGCUGGCUUUGAGGAACACCGAGAUGCUUGUAUUGCCUGUGAAGUGGGCUUCUACAAACCUUUUGCUGGAGGCCAGCUUUGCGCAAAAUGUCCUCUCCAUAGCCACUCGGAGACCCGAGCUGCCUUGGCUUGCCCUUGUGACGCCAACUAUUUCCGGGCACCUGCUGACCUCCCUGGUGCUCCUUGCACAAGACCUCCCUCAGCCCCUGUUAAUGUGAUUUCAUCUGUAAACGGGACCACGGUUAACCUGGAAUGGAGUUCCCCUCUGGACACAGGAGGCCGAGCGGAUAUCACCUAUGACGUGCAGUGCCAGAAAUGCGUAAAGGAUGGAGGGCAAUGUGAGGACUGCAACGUCGGAGGAACCUCCGUUAACGGAAUGUUAGGAGCUGCUGUUGGAGCUCAAGGAAAUGCCGGUGGAGGAACAGCUGCUAAUGGUGGAGGUUUAGGUGGAAGUGGAUUGGUGUCACGAACAGGAGUCACCUCAGUCAAGUUCAUCCCCCAGCAGAAGGGACUGACAGAACCGUGGGUGAACGUCGCCAAUCUGGCGGCCCACACUAAUUACACCUUCCGCAUCCUGGUGAUGAACGGCGUGACACACUUUAGCAAGGAACCGCUGCCUUACACCGUCGUCAACAUUACGACAAAUCAGGCAGCUCCCUCUCAGGUGAUGGCUAUCCGUCAAGAGAAUGCCAGCACAAAUAGCAUCACCCUCAUGUGGCAUGAACCUGAGCAGCCCAAUGGAGUAAUCCUGGAGUAUGAUAUUAAAUAUUAUGAGAAGGACAAGGAGCAGCAGAGCUAUUCCACGCUGAAGUCAAAGACCACAAGCGCUAAAGUGUCUGGGCUCAAACCUGGCACCAGCUACAUCUUUCAGAUCAGGGCCAGGACAUCGGCUGGUUGCGGACGCUUCAGCCCCUCUGUGGAGAUCCAGACUGGAAAACCAGCUCCUUUGCGUUACAACACUGUGACCAUUAUCUGGAUCUCCAUGGCGCUGGUCUCGGGGCUCAUCACGUUUUUGGCUCUUUUCAUCUGCAGAAAACGGCAAGAGGAGUACUUUGAAUUACAUUGCGGUUACAGCAAGGCUUUCCAGGAUUCCGACGAAGAGAAGAUGCAUUACCAGAAUGGCCAUGUAUCAUUUCCAGAAGCCAGAUUUUAUAUUGAUCCCCACACAUACGAGGACCCAUGCCAGGCUGUCCACGAGUUUGCCAGAGAAAUUGAAGCUUCCCGGAUCAAAAUUGAGAAAAUUAUUGGGUCAGGAGAGUUCGGGGAAGUGUGCUACGGCCGUAUGCGGCUGCCCGGGAAGAGAGACGUCCCCGUGGCCCUGAAGACUCUGAAGGUCGGCUACACUGAGAAACAGAGGCGAGAUUUUCUGAGCGAAGCCAGCAUCAUGGCCCAGUUUGACCAUCCCAAUGUCAUCCGUCUGGAGGGAGUAGUGACACGAAGUAAACCUGUAAUGAUCAUCACCGAGUACAUGGAGAACGGCUCUCUGGAUUCAUUCUUAAGGAGACACGAUGGUCAGUUCAGCAUCAUUCAGCUGGUUGGGAUCCUCCGAGGCAUCGCUGCCGGGAUGACGUAUCUGUCGGAUCUCGGUUACGUCCACCGGGACCUGGCUGCGAGGAACAUCCUGGUCAACAGCAAUCUGGUCUGCAAGGUUUCAGACUUUGGUCUGUCUCGGGUGCUGGAGGACGACCCAGAUGCCGCUUACACAACCACUGGUGGAAAGAUCCCGAUCCGCUGGACAGCCCCCGAGGCCAUUGCAUACCGUAAGUUCUCCUCGUCCAGCGACGUGUGGAGUUACGGAGUGGUGAUGUGGGAGGUGAUGUCUUAUGGAGAGCGGCCAUACUGGAACCUCACCAACAGAGAUGUCAUAAAGUCAGUAGAAGAAGGCUACAGGCUUCCAGCACCGAUGGGCUGCCCCGCUGCUCUCCACACACUCAUGCUGGACUGCUGGCAGAAGGAGCGCAGCGAAAGGCCCAGGUUCUGCCAGAUCGUCACGGUGCUGGACAAGCUUAUCCGCAACCCAGAGAACCUCAAGUCAAUGGACACAUUGUGCAGACUGAACAGCGCAUUGAUGAACAGAAGCAUUCCUGAUUUCACAACCUGCAGAUCGGUGAACGACUGGUUGGACACCAUCAAGAUGGGCCGCUACAAAAACCACUUUGCUGCAGGAGGCUAUCACACACUCGGUCACGUGAUGAGCAUGAAUCAACAUGACAUCCAGAAGCUGGGGGUUACGCUGAUGGGUCAUCAGAAGAAGAUCAUGACCAGCGUCCAGGUGAUGCGAGCGCAGGUGUUAAACCAGAGCGUGCCCUCGGUGCACGUAUAAUCGCCCGCCGUGUCAAUAUAAGUACAUAAUCAUCUGAUGUGUGUGUGUUCGGGUCAUGUGUUACGAACUCUUAAAGACUCUCCUUUAGAAAGAGAACUUCAAGAGGACUCGAAACUCCAAGGGUUUCAACCUCGGCACUGGAUUUCUGUUUUUUUUUUUUCUUUAUGUUUCUUUUUUUUUUUACAGGAAAAUCCCUGCAUUCUUUCUACAAUAAUCUCUUGGACUUUAUUAUUAUUAUUUUUUGUUUGUUUUUUUGUUUCUUCUUUCUGUAAAUGAACGGAUGGCCUGCCUUAAAGACGGCGGAUCAUUUCAAUAUUGGUGUAUAUAAAGGAAGCUUUUGUUUUUUUCUUAAAUGUAUAGAUGAGAAAAGGAGCACUUCACAACCUAAACAGCAUUGAUAAAAAACAAAUAAAUAAUAAUAAUAAUAAAAAUAAGUGUAUAAGUUAGAAUCUAAGAAGAGUUCUUAGCAAAGAUCGCACAGAAAAGUAUGAUGUACUGGGAAUAAUGAUUAAAUUAGCCACAAAAUUAGUCCCAAUUUGCAUAACGAAGGAAAUAAAAGUAUGUCGUUAAAUGUCCACAAAACAAAAUGUCAGUGGAGAGCUAGGAGGGAACAUUUUUUUGGCUGUUAUUGUUGUAUGUUUGCUUUUCAAAUACUUUAGAAACCCUACAAAAAAAAAUACAUUCUGCAUUCCUUUGACACUGAUAUCUUUGGCUUUUUCAUAGACUAAUUAAUUAUGCGAAUAUCAGCCACUUAAAGGUCGUUUGUGACGUUCUUUUUUUUCCCAGCCUGUCACUGAUUGCGCUGAACGCGCUUAUGUUCUGUCUGCUGAUUUAAAAAGCAUAGGAAACUGUCCGACUAGAACUAGUUCCUCCGGAGAGAAACAAGGAAUGAAAAGCUCAUCGAUUCAACUCAGCGUGAUACGAGAGUCCGGGUUUUACUAAUAACUGCAGGGAUGUGGUAAUUAAUAUGGUGAUUAAAUAAUUGAUCAUAAUAAACAAUAUCACCUUUGCAGAAAUAUCGAAGAGGUUUUAGUGGUUUUACACACACCUUCAUGUGGAAAUAAUCGUCACUCAUACUGUCUUGGAGAUUUAAGAUGUAUUAUUUAAUUUUGUAAUAAUUAUAAUAAUGGGUGAUUUAUGCGUCUUAACGGGUUUAUAACGAUGAAUUCAAUCGAUUUUAAUUAUUUAGCGAUCGGAUCGAAUGCAGGGUAUUUUCAUGUGCAUCAUCAGGGUUGUUGCAAUAAAGGUGUUGAUCUGGACAGUGUCUGUAGAACAGCAAGAGAUAAAGGGAUGGAUGUGAGUCAUUCACUUGUAUAUAGGGAUAAAAAAAUAAAUAUAAAAAAUGUUCUUUCUGUACUUUUUUCAAAGAGCAAUACUCUCUCCUGUAUGCACCAAGGAGUGCAAAUAAAGUUCAAACACUGCCAUCAGUGGUCUCGCAAUGA